UUUUCCCCCCAUAAUUUUUGUUUAGUGCGGGGAUAUUUGAAUUUGUUUUGGCUCCUAUAAAUUGAAACGGUGUUCGUAGACGUAAAUCCACCGUGAACGUUUGAAUCCCCAAUUCAGCACUGCAUCGUGAAGCCAAAAUGGGGCAUCAAUACCACCAAGCAACAGAUGGUCUUUUGAACCUUUUCACGAAAGCCAAUCACGAUCUCUCUUUGGUUCACCAUCGCCUCGAAAAGGAGUUUCAGCACGUUUACCCUGACAACGCUAACCCUAUGAAGUUGGUUUCUAGGAUCAAGAAGGUUCAGGAAGAUAUAGAAAUCUUGAAGGGGCAGUGCCAUGAACUUCUGGCUGCUAAGCAGGAUUUGAUCGAUAAGGCUCAGAGAAUUCUGGUUGAGAAUAGGAAUUUGGUGCAGCGUAUGCAACCGCCCUUGGGCAUCUCCGACACUGGUGAAGAUGAUGCUGCAUUCACUAACUUCAAAGAGGUAAUUGAAGAAAGGACAGCACGAGUAAGAUCCAAAACAGGGAAUGAAACACAUGAUGCUGAUUCUGGAGAUAUCAACAAACUACUAUUCUCAGCUAUAGAUCAAAGUAAUUGAACUGCUAUCCAAGUAUAGUAUAGAUGUUGCAGUUUAUGCCAAGCUCCCUGAGUUUCACAAAUGAUACAUACUGUAGACUAGUAGUAAGCUUCUAGCUGGUUAUUCUUCUUUUAAGAUGUAGCUAUUCUAGGUUCCCUAACUGGUGUGCUUCUAUUGUUGGAAUGGCUAGCAGAAAACAAAUUUGAUUUUUA